GCGGGACGGGGCGGGCGGUCGGCCGUCGCUUCCGGUGUGUUAGUGUGUUGGCGAGAGAGGGCUGAGCUGAGGCGGCGGCGGAGAGACGGAGCGGAGCGGCCAACGUGAGCGAGCGAGCGACCAGCAGAGAAGCGGAGAUGUUACGGGUUGUACGAACGAGCAAGGUUCGGCAUGUCUAUGGCCAAGUGAUGAAAAAUGACCAGUGCUACGAUGACAUCCAAGUUUCCAGGGUGACCUGGGAUAGUUCGUUCUGUGACGUGAAUCCCAAGUUUGUAGCGAUAAUCAUCCAGGCGUGUGGUGGUGGAGCAUUCUUGGUACUUCCUUUGCAAAAGACGGGUCGGAUUGAUAAGACCUAUCCAACAGUAUGUGGACACACGGCACCGGUGCUUGACAUUAACUGGUGCCCGCACAAUGACUUCAUUAUUGCCAGUGGAUCAGAGGAUUGCUUCGUCAAGGUCUGGCAGAUCCCGGAGAAUGGCCUCACUGUUCCUCUCACAGAACCAGUCGUUACCUUGGAGGGACAUUGCAAGAAGGUUGGAAUUGUAUCUUGGCAUCCGACUGCUCGCAAUGUGCUACUGAGCGCAGCGUGUGAAAGUAUCAUGAUCUGGAACGUGGGGACUGGCGAGGCUUUGCUGGAGCUCAACGACAUGCACAACGAAACGAUCUACAGCAUAUCCUGGAACCGAGACGGGAGCCUAUUCUGCACCGCAUCCAAGGACAAGAAAUUGCGUUUGAUUGAUCCACGGAAUGGGAGGAUCAUUUUAGAAAAGGACAAACCUCAUGAAGGGGCUCGGCCCAUCAGAGCCAUCUUCCUCGCGGACGGCAAGAUCUUCACCACCGGCUUCAGCCGUAUGAGUGAGCGGCAGCUCGCCCUGUGGAACCCAGAAAACAUGGACGAACCGAUAGCUUUGCAGGAGAUGGACUCGAGUAGUGGAGUGCUAUUGCCAUUCUACGAUGCAGACACGAACAUAAUUUACUUGUGUGGAAAGGGUGACAGCAGCAUCCGCUACUUUGAGAUCAGCGACGAGGCCCCGUACGUGCACUACCUGAACACCUUCUCCACCAAGGAGCCCCAGCGGGGCAUGGGCUAUAUGCCAAAGCGAGGCCUGGAAGUUGGCAAGUGCGAGAUUGCCAGGUUUUUUAAACUUCAUGAAAGGAAAUGCGAGCCCAUCACCAUGAUUGUGCCAAGGAAGUCGGACCUAUUCCAAGAUGACCUGUACCCCGACACAGUGGGGCUGGAGGCAGCGAUCGAAGCAGACGAGUGGCUUGACGGGAAAAACGCAGAGCCCAUCCUGAUCUCCCUUAAACCCGGCUCCGUCCCCACCAAAACCCGGGAAGUCCGAGUCAAGCAGAACAUUUUAGAUAAGCCCUUGCUGAUCAAGAAAACUGACAAGGGCAUUGCCCCGAUCAAGACUAGUUCCAACACAUCUCCCGAAUUCAAGGUGGAGGAGUUAUUGGACGAGAUCAGGACUCUGAAGGCCACCAUAGCUACCCAAGAUCAGCGGAUUGCCAACCUCGAGGAGCAGAUGGCCAAGGUUGUCAUCUGCGACGUGAAGAACACUGUGUCCCCUGGGGCGAUGCAGUGACUGUGUCUGGAUUCUCGCCCUUGCGGCCAGCAGAGCAGCUCAGCACUGCACCCUCGUUCGUUCGUUCAUUCUGCCAUUGGUGAAAAAAAACCUUCAGCAUUCCAAUAUCAACUAUCAAAUCACCCUUCCCAACUCUCACCAGCCUUUGUCACAAUUCUGCAUUAAACUGCUUUUUUUUUUUAGAUUCUCUCCCCACACCCCCCCCCUUCCCAACCUAUCCCAAAAUUUUUAACAGGAGCGGGGAAGAUGAUACUCCUUCCCCUAUACUUCCCAUGUUGAGAGCAUUACAGUUUUUUUUAUUAUUCCUAAUUCCAGUCCCUCUCCAUAUAUAAUGGUGUAUUCUACUCAAAUGCGAGAGUAAUUUCCGGGUCUAUGGGCUCUCCUACGCAUAUUCUCUCUCUUCCUCUCUCUCUCCUCUCUCUCUCUCUCUCUCUCUCUCUCAUACUUUUUCCCCUGAGCUCUCUUGCACUUUCUCGCUCAUUCUUGUGCUCUUUCUCUCUCUCGUAUGCUGGUACCUGUUUUUAAAGUAACUACACAUUCCACAUACAAGUGUAUAGGACCAUUGAACGCUUGAUCAGUUCCGCUCUUAUAGAGCAAACCAAAUGGUGAUCUGUCGUUAAAAUAUACUUCCAAUUACAAAGAUAAAAUGUUGAUUAUAAAACCUC